UCUUAUUCAGUCGGUAUUCGGACACUCAGCACAACAGUCGUCGCAGGCGUUGUUAGCGUCGUAUAGAAAAGUCAGUGGACACCAGCAGAGUCGUCAACGGCAAUCGACAAUCGACAAACUGAAAUCGCGACUCUACUACUAAGCCAAUAGUCGCUACAAUCGACGGUGAAUCGGUCAGUGAGGUGUUGUUGUUUGCUUGUUUUUUUGUUUUUUGUUUUGUAUUUAGCCAUUGUGCUUGUUGUUACGUUCGCUACGCUGCAGCUCAUCAGCCGCAUAUUCGCGUACGCCGCUCCACGUCGACUCCAUUUCGUGGACGUUUGCGAUUUUGUUUGGUUUUUAUUUCGUCGCCGUCGUUGUCGUGCACUGGUCGAGUUCAGUUUAGCUUUUCCUCAGCACAUUCGAACGCCUUUUAUGUGCUUUUCGAGCAGUUUAGCGGUUCACUUGUCGUCAGUCGCAUUAUUGGCCGGACGCGUCGCCUGGCAGUGCUAAUCGUUCGUGCGUUCGUUUAUUUGCUUGUUCGAUCCAAUUAAAAAGACGCUGAACAAAAUUGAAUGAUGCACACAACAACAAAUAUACAUACAAAUAACUGCUUUUAAAUAAAAUUACUUAAGUGGAACAUUAAAGUGCCAACAACAACAACAAGUGAAACUUAGUGAAUAGUAAACUGUACUAAUUACAAACAAUUAGGAAAGUAAAUAAAUUAAAUCACUAAAAAGCAAACAAUAAGAAAAUAACAGAAGUCACAGUACAAUAACAACAAAUAAAUAGAAACUUAUUAUCGAAUCACAAUGACCUGUCUGUCGGACAUUGAUCUGGCCACUUUACACAAAAGUCGCCUCGAAGAACGACUCAACUACAAGCUCGCCUGGGGUGGCGCUACAACAAAUCGCCAGCCGGCCUAUCAACAUCAUCUGCAUCCAACACAUCAUCAAGCGCGCUACAAUUCGCAGAAGUCAUACCACGCCGCUACACAUUCACGUAAGACUGAACAGAAGCAACCAAAUCAACAAGAGCAGCAACAACGACCACAACAGCAACACCAACACCUACAACAGCAGCAGCAGCACCAACAACAACCGCCUAUCGAUGGUUUCAGCGAGAUGACACGCUUUUGCCUGCAGCGCAAUGCGACACAUAGAAAAUGUGUUGCCGAUGAUUUGUUGAAUGGUAAUGGUGUUGAACUGAAUGACAAAUUGCGUCAAUUAAAUCUGAAUUUUGGUGAAUAUGAGACCGCCCAUAAAAAAGUGCAACACAAGAGCCGCAAAUUGUGCACGGAAAGUGGCAGCUCGCCGGGUGGGUUGAUUGAUGAUGAUCCUAAUGGCAAUUACUUUUCGGCGACCACACGGCGUCGGCGAUCGGGUACAUGGCCGCGCACCAGAAGUUUGAAUGCUCCAUCGCCGUUUCAACAAUUUGGACCAUGUGGACGAAUAAUGAAAAAUCAAGCAAUGGUUAUGCAAAUUCAGGAUCCCGCCAGUCAACGUUUGACUUGGUACAAACCGCCGCUCACCGUGCUCGUCAUAAAGAAAGUGCGUGACUCGACAGUGUUGGCGCCCUUCGUACAACUGGUUGAAUGGUUGGUACAGGAGAAGCACAUGGUCGUCUGGGUCGAGUCGGCGGUGCUCGAUGACCCGCUACUAUUAGAGGAUAAGAAAUUUCAAAAUAUCAAAGAGAAAUUGGUGACAUUCAAAGAUGGGCGUGAUGACCUGACCGAUCGUAUUGACUUCAUAGUCUGUUUAGGCGGUGAUGGCACUCUCUUGUAUGCCUCAUUGCUAUUCCAGCAAUCGGUGCCGCCAGUUAUGGCAUUCCAUUUGGGUUCGCUCGGUUUUCUAACACCAUUCCAAUUUGAUAACUUCCAAGAGCAAGUGACAAAUGUGCUGGAAGGUCAUGCUGCGCUCACGUUGCGCAGUCGCUUGCGUUGCGUCAUCUACCGAAAGAGUGAUCGCCGCAAGGAAUCUGAGAGUUUGCAACAAAAUCAAAUAAAAAAUCCAUAUAAUCAUCAGACAGAGAAAUACUGUACGGCCAUUGAAGAUGGUCAAGUGUCGGGCAAUGGUGGCACGAGCAAAACUACGAGUCGUGCAUCUACGAAUAUUUUGGUGCUCAACGAAGUUGUAAUCGAUCGCGGCCCUUCACCGUACCUGAGCAAUAUCGAUCUCUUCUUGGACGGCAAAUAUAUUACGUCGGUGCAGGGUGAUGGUUUGAUCGUUUCCACGCCCACUGGCAGCACAGCGUAUGCCGUGGCUGCUGGCGCCUCGAUGAUACAUCCCUCCGUGCCGGCAAUAAUGGUAACACCCAUUUGCCCGCAUUCGUUGAGUUUCCGACCGAUUGUGGUGCCAGCCGGUGUGGAGCUGAAGAUCUCGAUUUCGCCGGACAGCCGCAACACGUCGUGGGUAUCUUUUGAUGGGCGCAAUCGUCAGGAGCUGCUGCACGGCGACUGUCUUCGUGUGACCACCUCGAUUUACCCCGUACCCAGUAUAUGCGCACAAGAUCAGAUUUCCGACUGGUUCGAUUCGCUGGCGGAGUGUCUGCACUGGAAUGUGCGCAAGAAGCAGAAAUGUCUGGAUGAGUUGUGUGAUCUGACCGCCUCCGGUUCAGAGGACACACUCGAUGAUUUGGAUCGUGUCCAAGACUCAAUAUUGGACAGUUAGAUGCAUGCUAGUGUGCAGUAAUUGGAUGGUGUUCAAUGUCUCCGAGGAGGAACGAAGUGUUAGGGAGUGUAUGGGAAAUAAUUAAAUUUGAAACGCGCAGCUCUGAGGUAGCGUGAUACUGUGUUGGCGCAUGUUUAUGAAAGAAAUGGUUAAGAUUUGGCGAAAGCUAGUGGAAAGCGCGCAAAUUUUGUUUAAUUGUGCUUUAGUUUUAGCAUCAUUAUAUGUUAGUUAAUAAAAAAAUGGAGCGAAAUUGUAGAAAAGUGUAAUAAAUAAUGGAUUACUCAAUAGAUUUGUUGCCAAUUAGUUUAGUUGAAUUUUUUAUAUGAAUAUCAAAGAAAAUUGCAAUGAAUAAAGUGAAAGUGAUGUGAUAUGCAGCGAAUGCAUCGUUUAAAGUAUUUAAUAUGGGCGUGCACCUGCUGUGUUUUGUUCGAAGCUAAAAAUGCGCUAUUUGAAAUUCAAAAUUUGUUUCCACUCGCACGCGAACGUUACACUGAGCAUCGUUAUUUAAAAAAAAAAAAAUAUUGGCAUUGAAAUGACUUUCAUAAGUAUGUAAUAAUACCAUUUGUGAUUAAUUCAAUAAUUGACGCAAUAUUCACUUGUUGACUGAUCGCUGGAUAUGUAUCACCAUAUAUCUUUAUAUACAUAUGCACAUUGGCAGCUGGUGAACCAAGACUAGCUAAUUUUUUUCUAUAUACAUCCAUUUGUUCUAAGCACUUCCAAUGGAACACUGUAAGCUCAAAUUGUUUUGUGUUAAUAAUAGAUUAGUCCAGUAUAAAUAAAUUACAAUAAUUAUUAGCAAUAUGCAACAAAUGUUGUCACUUUACAUAUUUAAUAUUGAAUUUGCACUUUUAUGGCAAUUGCACAUGUCUAAAAUCAUUUAAUUAUACGUAGCUUUAAUGGAAUGAGUAAAUUAGAAAUUUGGCUCUAAGUAUGAAGAAUUAUGAAGAAUUUUAUGUAUUAGAGAUUUAUGCAAAAAAGCACCAAAAAUAAAUAUUUGAUAUUACAAA